CUCUUCGCGAAACAAAACCUAGGGUUCUAUUCUUCACUUUCAGCCUUCUUCUUCUUCUUCAGAUAAAAUGCCUCGUCAUGAUGACCGCAGUGGUGGUUCACGGCUCUAUGUUGGCCGCUUGUCGUCCCGGACAAGAUCACGGGAACUCGAAGAUGUAUUCAGCAGAUAUGGAAGAGUACGUGAUGUGGAUAUGAAGCGUGAUUUUGCCUUUGUUGAAUUCAAUGAUCCCCGUGAUGCUGAUGACGCAAGAUACAGCCUGAACGGUCGGGAUGUUGAUGGGAGCCGUUUAAUUGUGGAAUUUGCCAGGGGGGCACCACGUGGUCCUGGUGGAUCCCGUGAGUAUCUUGGUAGAGGGCCUCCUCCUGGUUCAGGUCGCUGUUUCAAUUGCGGACUUGAUGGGCACUGGGCUCGAGAUUGCAAAGCUGGGGACUGGAAGAAUAAGUGUUAUCGCUGUGGAGAUCGAGGCCACAUUGAAAGAAAUUGUCAGAACAGCCCAAAAAAAACUUCCUCCAAACGUGGGCGGAGUCACUCACGCUCACCAAGUCCAAGGCGGGACAGAAGUCGAAGCCGUAGUUACAGCAGGGGUCAUAGUUACAGUCGAUCAAGAUCACCUGUGAGGAGAGAAAGGAGUCUAGAGAGAAGGUCGAGGAGUCCUGCAGACAGCCGGAGCCCAAAGCGUCGCAGGGCUUCUCCACCACCUUCCAAGGGGAGGAAGCAUGACCAAUCACCUGAUGGAAGAAGCCCACAAGAGAGGCGUAGCGUCUCCCCGCAGGAUGGCCGAUCUGAUUACAGUAGGAGUCCCAGGGGAAAGAGUAGAAGCCCUAUGGGUGAUGCCGAAGAGAAAAGCAAUGGUGAUAAGAGGCAAAGAACCCCUGUGGAAGAAAAUGGCCAUAGCCGCAGCCCAAGCCCCGUGCGUAGGGGUGGCAGGAGCCCUGUUGAAGAGGAUGAUGAUAACCAUGGUUCUCCAAGAGGCAGUGAAUCAGCUUAAAUGCAAUUUGAUAAACAACCAGCUGGAGGGACUUUUCUUGCUUAAAAUGGUACUUUUGUUGUGUCAGUUUAAGAAAUUUCAAUAUCUCCCCUAGAGACUAAAGUAUUGCUGCUGAAUUGUGGGCAAUGGACAAUUUAUGACUGGGAUCCGGCAUAUGUUCCUGUGUGAUUUUGUAUCUUGGUUCUUGUUUCUGUUGCUACAUUGAACGUAGGGUGGCCAUUGUGAGCUUGACACAGCUGGCGUGGCCAUUCUUUCGUCUCUUUUCUUCUCUAUUAAAUCUAGAAAAUGAUAAAUGUUGUGGCUCAUUACUAGCAUA